CCCAUACUCUUUACAAAGCGGAAGUGUCAAAACCAGAGACCUCAAACACCUGUCGUCUUAUUUUACAAUUUGGCUUUGAGCCGCAUAGCCCAAGUCCAUCAAUUUUGAAUUUUUCAGAAUUGUUUAAAGUAUUGUUAAUCUGCAGAGAUGUCCAACGACAGUAGCCGCUUCUGGAGCUCAACAAUACAAAGUGUUUUAACAACUCUUGGUGCCAGUGAAGAGAAUCUGAACAUGUCUGAUAAAGGCUCACCGUAUGACUACUCUGGAUAUUAUGAAACUGGCACUGCUGAAGGAGAACCUUGUACAUUCGGCUCCCAUGCAAGUCAUUUUCUCCCGGUUCUCUACUCACUGUUCUUCGUGGUCGGCUUCCUGGGCAACAUGCUGGUGUUGUGGGUGAUCCUGGGAGGAAAUCAGAUGAAAAGCAUGACUGAUGUGUCUCUCCUGAACCUGGCCAUCGCUGACCUUCUUCUCAUCUUCACUCUUCCCUUCCUGGCUCACUAUGCCAGAGAUACCUGGAUCUUUGGUAAUGUCAUGUGUGGGCUGGUCCUCAGUGUGUACUACAUCGGAUUUUACGCAGGAAUUUUCUUUAUCGUGUUGAUGAGCGUCGACAGAUACUUGGCUAUCGUCCAUGCUGUGUUUGCCUUGAGAAUCCGCACAAAGGCUUAUGGGAUUUUAGGUAGCCUGAUCAUCUGGAUUACAGCUAUUGCAGCCUCAUUUCCUGAACUAGUGUACCUUACAACUGAAAGGAAUGAAACUAAAACUUGCUCCGCUUACCAAAAUGAUGUCGAAAAGUUUAAGAGAAGUUUGGCUUUGAUUAAAAUGAACAUUUUGGGUCUGAUAAUUCCACUGAUUAUUGUGGGAUUUUGCUACUCGAUGGUGCUCCGCAGGAUUCUGUUGCUGCGUACGUCCAAGAAAAUGGCUGUACGUCUUGUUGCAGUGGUCAUGCUGGUCUUCUUCUGCUGUUGGACGCCGUACAACAUCGCAGCCUUCAUUAAAGCACUGGAACUGCAGGGAAUCCUGAGUCCAGAAUGUGAGCUCAGCAAACGCAUCCAGCUGACGCUGCAAGUCACUGAAGCUAUAGCGUACUCACACAGCUGCCUCAAUCCGUUCCUCUAUGUGUUCGUGGGGGAAAAGUUCAGGAGGCAACUCGGGAGACUCCUUCGCCAGACACCAUGCUUCCGUGUGCAGUGUAUGAAGAGCUACAUGACCCGCGCCGCAUCCUCUGUGUAUUCACAGACCACAAGUGUAGACGAACGCUCAGUUGGUGUCUGAAUGUUCGGCCGUUCAAAGAACUGUACAUAUUUUACUUUACAUACUUGCACUGCUUUGCAUAUUCAGAGUUGAGAGUUAGGGUAUAAUCCAGUAAUGAGACAUUAGACAUAAUUCCACAGCUAUUCAGAAGUGACACAAGAGUUAGGUGGAGUUUUAACCUUUAACUUAAACCCAUUUUUUACUGGAUCAAGGAUGUAUUAAAUAUUAAAGUAUUAAAUCUAUCGCCACUGUCU